GGUCCACUGGUGCCGCCCCCACCGCUUAUCAGCCCUCGUUAAAAGAUAACGAUCAGGCACUACUCGCGCGGCGACUCAUUACGCAGCGGCAUCGGUGCAACGUGCGCACCUUUUAACUCCGUCAUGCCUCUCUGCACACUCAAGACGAAUCUUCUAGCGAGCAAAAUUCCGAAUGGUUUCAACGUCAGGUUUGCCCAGUAUGUUGCCACCCUCCUGAAGAAAGAUAUCGAGAAAGUGACCGUUAUUGUGGAACCAGGUUUGGAAAUGUCAAGAGCCGGCACGACCGAUCCCAACUGUCUGUGCUCGAUUCAUUCCAUCAACGUGUUCUCUCCAGACAAAAAUAAGGAGUACGGCAGCAAACUGAGGGACUUCCUCUCGGAAAACUUGGCCAUGCCGCCGAAAAGGAUUGUCAUAACUCUGUUCGACCUGAGUCCCAACGAUCUCGUCUGAGAGGCCGCGACAUUUCGCUCUGCGCUGUUUUGGGGCUUUCUUCAUUCCAGUUGCGGAUUCUGCGCUGUGGCAUUUGCGUACCAUUAUGUGCAAUAAAGAGUUUCGGCUAUCGUGA